UAGUCACCUGCAAGAUCUGUGCUCUUUUAGGUCAAGCUCAUCUCGCACACCAUCGCGUUCACGGUCACGAAGCUACACCCGCAGUCCCAGCUUGAACAGUGUUUCUUCAACUUCAAGUUCACCCAGCUGCCGGAGAAUCCAGGGUUCAUCAACCACCGGUGCUGGCAUGCUCCCAUCUAGGAACCCAUCGCCACCAAAGAAAGUGUCUGAGGGAUCCAAAAAACGAAUUGAGAAAGACUUGCUGUCCAAGGGCACCCCUCCCGUUAAGAGAGAUAUACCACUGCCACCUCCAGCACCUAUGGGAUUUGGUCAGAGCGGUAUGAUGCUUGGUUACCGGGAGCCACUGCCUCCUCCUCUGGAUCUUGGUGGCUUUGAGGACGACGCGGCUCAGCGGCAGGCCCGCGAAGCCGCAUUACGGCAGCAGGGUAUCUCACAGAAGCCUCAGAUAAAGCUUACCCUCAUUAAAAAGUCACUUCCAAUGGCAGCGUUAUGCAAGAAGGAGGAGCCAGCUGUUAAGAACAAUGGGGACAAAGGUGCCAAGAAACGUCCAGCCUCUCCCAAGUUGGUCUCAUCACCCUCUCCUCCACCCGCUGGUCGUAAAUCAACCACUUUGAGGCGUGAAGAAUUGUUGAAGCAGCUGAAGGCAGUUGAAGAUGCCAUCGCCCGCAAGCGAGCCAAAUUUAGCUAGCCUUCUGCAGCUUCUCCCAUCAAAUCAC